AUGAGAGCCACGCAUCUGCGGCCUCGUGCCGCCAGCGACCUCGUACGCAUCUUUGCCUCGACAGAAACUAUGAUCAUACGUUCCUCUCUUUUAUCGCCUCGAUCAAUAGCCACAGCAUCGCCGUCUCUCCGCCACUCCGCACUCGGAGCUGUACCGCAACUCGUCUCUUCGAGACGCUACUACAGCCGCGAUCCGCUUCAAGCUGAACACGAAGCCAACACAGUCAGAGGCAACCGCGCCGCUCGAAGCCGCAUCGAGCAACACUCACGGCAAGAUGAACAAGGCAAACAAAAGGAGCAGCAAGGCUCAUACAAGCAAAAGCUUUCGAGGUCGUGGUCUGACACUCCCAUCAAGUGGUAUCCCAUCCCAAUCCUACUCGGCGCCGUCGUGCUUGUCGGCGUGCAGGCGCGCAGAAACUACGUCGCAGAGCAGAACGGCAAAGGUGUCGGGACCAAGAUCGUCGACGAGAAUGGCCAAGUCGUCAAGAUGCAAGGUCCUUGGACCGUCUAUGUCAUCGGUGCGCUUCCACUCAACGCCAUCUCGCGCGCAUGGGGCUGGGCGAACAACAUCACGCUCCCCGUCUGGUUCAGACCCUUCGGUUUCAAACUCUACGCCUACAUCUUUGGCUGCAACUUGGACGAGAUGAAGGAUCCCGACCUCACGCACUACAAGAGUCUUGGCGAGUUCUUCUACCGCGAGCUCAAGGAGGGCGUCAGACCGAUCGACGAAAGCAUCCUCGUCUCUCCUGCCGACGGAAAGGUGUUGCAUUUCGGCGAGAUUGCUGGUCGACGCGUUGAGCAGGUCAAGGGCAUCACAUACUCGCUCGAUGCUCUGCUCGGAGUAUCCAGCGCUCCGGAAGCUACCGAGCAGGUGGUCGGCAAUUCGCUCGAGGACGACUCUGAACACGAACGCCUCGACGACUCCCAAUUCGCGUCAGUCAACGGCAUCGACUACACCCUCGACGAGCUUCUCGGUGACGAAAAGAGCAAGUCGGCUGUGCCUGACCCCGACGAGACUCCCAAGCGGAAGGGAUUCUGGAAAAAGUUCGUCAAGGGGUCCUACUGGAAGUCGUGGGUCAAGCGAUCGUCGGCUUCGGGCUCGAAUACGACUGGCAUCCCACCAACCGCCAGUAAAAGCGGCAACGUCGCAGGCGACAAAGAUGAUGACGACGACGACGAUGACGAGGAUCAGCCCAAGGUCGAUCCUUCCGCUCCCAAGAAACCAAAGCAGAUCGACGACGCAGGUAUGCCUGAGCCCGAUACCCCCGAGGUGCUUGGCCGCUACGCCAACGUCGCCUACGAGAUGGGCGUCGGCGCUCUUCCGCCUCUGCUGCAGCCCCAUUCGCCCGGCUCAAAAGGUGUCAAGGAGGGGAACAAGCUCUUCUUCUGCGUCAUCUACCUGGCUCCAGGCGACUACCAUCGCUUCCACAGCCCUACCAACUGGGUUGCUGAGCGUCGACGACAUUUCCGUGGAGAGCUCUACUCGGUCUCGCCCUACAUGGCCAGGCGCCUGUCGAAUCUGUUCGUGCUCAACGAGCGAGUCGCCCUGCUCGGUCGAUGGAGGCACGGCUUUUUUGGCAUGGUCCCCGUCGGUGCGACCAACGUCGGCUCCAUCCGCAUCAACUUUGACAAGGCGCUGCGCACCAACGUUCGAAAGCAGCGGUACCUCGCCGGCACGUACUCCGAGGCCUCGUACUCGAAAGCGAGCAAGCUCCUCGGCGGUCAGCCGCUGGGAGCGGGCGACGAGAUGGGCGGCUUCCUGCUCGGAUCCACCAUCGUGCUCGUGUUCGAAGCGCCCAGCGAGUUCCGCUUCGAUCUCAAGCCCGAACAGUUGGUCAAGGUGGGUCAACGUUUGGGGGAUGUCCGUCAGCCUCUGUUGGAAGAGAGCCAGGACAAGAAGAACGGCCGCCAGGUGUGA